UAUCAACAGCUCUGUGCAUAUACACCGCUCGGGGCGGGGUCACCGGCCGGGGAUGCUGCGCAGUGCGAACCUGCGCCGGCGCACGACGCACGCGCGCAAACACCUCCCAAUAUCAAAAUACAAGUGACUCUUUUAUUAGUGUGUGAAUAUAAGGUGUCAACAUGAUUCGACACGCGGUGAUACUAGGGCUCUCGAUAUUCUCCCUGAGCUUGGUGGAGGCUGCCAAACAACAGGUCCAGCUAUCGGACUCGUACCUCCCAGUAGCCAUGCAGGUCAUCUCCCACCUCACCGACCAGAUGGCGUACGAAGCCAAGGAGGAAACGACUCCAAGGCCGACAACCAAACCAACAGCGAAACCUACUGCUAGGCCUACGAUUAGUCCAACGACUAGGCCACCCACCAGGCCAACAACUAGGCCUACCACUAGGCCAACCACUUCGAGACCGUAUGUGACGUACCCUGCGUUCUCCAAACCCACGAAUACCUGGUGGACUGGUUUUACUACUAGGAGACCAGAAGCCACGACCCAGCACCACAAACCCGGUCUAUACGCUCCCUUCUCUCCUCCCAAACCAUCAGAUCGCUUCUCGUGGGACCAGCGCUACGUCCUGCUGCCAUUGGAGCACAACGCCCAGUACACCAUCUUGAAACCCCACGGCUCCUCCAAUUGGAACCCAGCACCACUCCUCUCCAUCCACAAUGAACAAAUUAACCCAAUCAUGGAGCCAGCACCAGCGAAACAGCCCCUCCUACCUCCACACAAUGACGUCAAAAUCUCCAGUAGAUCUGAUGGCUACGACCCUGAUGAGAUAAAUGAGGAAAACCUUCAGUACCUCUCGGAUGAUGUUCGGGAGAUGAUAAAGACAGCUAAUGACCCUCAUAAUGAUAAGUUGGUGGAUGUGUGGGAGGGGGUGCGGCAGGGGAACCAGCCGAUAGCGGCGAAGGCGAAGCUGUCGGCGUCGAACCUGAGGCUGCUAUUGUUGUAUGACCUGCUGAGCAGGGAGGCCAAGAGACAGAGGCUGUCAGACUACAGUGGAUUCUCCCCCGACGUGAUGAAGAACCUGGUAGACUCGUCAACAGGCGGCGCACGCGCACAACUCCGGAUGGCGUUAUCCAAGAUGGUGGAGCGUCGCGACUGCGGGCACGAGUACGCGAACAACAGGGCGAAGGAAAUGGUCGAGGAACUCGGGAAGGACGAGUCUGGUCUCUCGGCGGCACUUAGAUACCUACAGCCUAUCGUUUAUUCUUAUUAAUUGGAGUAUUUUUCUGUCCUGUCACCGUAUUUGAAAGUAGUAAUGUUUAGUGUGUCGACGGGAUAGUGAAAUUGGGAAAUCUGUCUUCGUUAUUUCAAUUUUGGGGUAUUGUCUUUUGGUAGAGUCGACUUGUUUGUCUUCUGACUCUAACUUCUUUACAAAAAAAACUUCUUUAUCAGAUGAUGAUAAAGAAGUUAGAGUAAGAAGAUUACAUUUAUAUAAGGGUCAUUCACACUAAAGUAUAGAGCUGUGUCAAUCUUCAACUGUAAUUCAAAAAGAUCGAAGAUCUUAUCGACCCCAGAGGGUAAUGGUGGCUAAAGACCCAUGACAAAUAUUAAGUCACAUUUGGCUUUUCAAAAAAUCUGACGAGUAAUUUUAACAAAGACAGAUGAACAACAUAACUAGUUUUAAAAUACGUUAUUUUAAUAAAAACUUUUCUCUUUGAGAAAUGAGCUGAAUGAAAGCCUCAAACAGGAAUAAAGGUGCAUUUAUAUUUAAAUAAUAAAUUAUUUAUCGCAGAGAUAAUAAUAUAA